AUGAAACGGUGGCCGGAGGAGGGAGAACGAGCUGUUGAAAGUUUACGAAAAAACUAUCCAAAACUGCCUGUUUCUUGGCUGUUUCCGACUACUACGACGGGGGAUCGAGGAGGCCAAGGGCUGAGACUGGAAGAGGGAAGUGUGCUGGUUCCAACUGGACCAGUCUUGCUUGAAUUAGUGGUCGGAGUUGAGAGAAAUCACCUAUUGAAGUCGGCUGCUCGAGCUCCCCAGAAUGCAGAAAUUUUGGGUUCAAAAAACUGA